UUCUACUCCGCCCAGAUGGCGAACCGGAAGAUGCAGUGUGGCGAAGGCUGCGUUCGUUGUCCAUGCGGACUCCAAUUAUAGUCAAAUACAAGAAGUGGCGUGUGCUAGAAUGCGACGGCCGCGAGCAGCGACCGCCGCCAUGCCGCGGGCGUCCUGGUCCCACGGCCGGCGCUGCCACAUGUGCGCCAAGGCGUUUGGCUUCGUGACGCGGCGACACCACUGCCGGCGGUGCGGACGCUCCGUCUGUGGCCGCCACUCCAAGCACAAGGCGUCCAUGCUCGUCGAUUCGAAUAUGGACGAGCGCCAGCCGCAGCGCGUCUGCAACGCCUGCCACGAAGACAUGACGUCGUUCUUCAGCGACGUGGUCGCAGUGUCACACUCGGAGGACGCGUGGCGGGCAGCCCUCCAAGCUCAAGAACGACGAAAGCAGUCGACGGCCGCCAAGACGAAGCGCGAAGACUCACACGGAUCGCUCUACUCGACGUUCGCGUCGGCGCCGACAAUGGUCGCGUACUCGAGCAUCUACCCGCCGGUCGCCGAGUCGGAGGACGACUCGAACGACAGCUCGUCCGAGAGCUCGGCGGACUCGACGACGUCGGUCUCACUGGAUGAUAUUUACGAAACCAUGCGCGCGAUCGGCGGUCCUUCCCACCGCGGGACGUCGUCAACGCGCCUCACAGCCGUGCGCAGCUCCCGCGGCUCGUACCUCUCGCUCCGGAGCACGCUCGACUUUGCCGGCUGCGUCGGCCACGAUAUGAGUCCUCGAGAAAUGACAUUGGGCACCACCGUGUCACUUAAUGACCUUGUCCAGACGAUGCGCCCGACGCGGUCGCAGCGACUCGAGCUUGCCUUGGGUCCGUCCAGUGUCUCAGAGCAUACACUGCUGCAGUCACAAGUCGCAGCCCUGCGCGCUGAACAUGCCGGUGCUGUGGCCGCUGCGCAGGCCGAGUACGCACUGUACAGUGACGCAGUCGAGGACCUUCUCAAGGCGCGUCGACGCUUGGGUCGUCGACGGUGGCGGCUCCAUCAGCACGCGCAUGAAGCCACCGCGCUCCAUAGUGCGCACGAGUAUUUUUUAGCGCAGCUCCAGUACAAGCUCGCCUUGUGCGACGAUCCGACGUCGCCAGCGCUCUGGCUCGGUCUCAUUAUGUGCUUGCUUGGCCUCGGGCGAAUCGACGAAGCGGACGAAGCUAUCGUGUGCUGCGAGGCGUGGGCCUCCCCGCCGUGCCUUCCAUCCUUGCGCGCACUCCAAGGUGAUGUAGAGCUGCGCCGCGGCAACUACGAUGCUGCUGUGACGUACCUCCGCGCUGCCAUCGCCGCCGCGAUAGUCUAGCCUUAUAAGAUCUCCUAUUUAUUCUUAUUCCACA